AUGGAUUUCGUUUUCAAACUUCCACGCACUUCGAGAAGACAAGAUGGAAUUUGGGUGAUAGUCGACCGACUCACCAAAUUCUCUCAUUUCCUACUUAUCAAAGAAACUUACUCUUUGGUGAAGCUUGCUAAACACUUCGUGGAUGAAAUUCUGGGGUAUGGAGCACCUGUGUCCAUCGUGUCGGACAGGGAUGCUAGAUUCACAUCUCAAUUUUGGAAGUGUUUACAAGAAGUUAUGGGUACUAAGUUACGAUUUAGUACUGCUUUUCAUCCUAAAUAUGGACAGUUGGAAAGAACAAUUCAGACGUUGGAAGACUUGUUGAGAUCUUGUGUGUUAUAG